AUGGAACACCAUGAGCUAGCCAUUGCUGCUCUGGACUCGGUCGCACAGUCAUCCUGGAACGGUCGCGACACGGUUAAACCCAGCAGUUCGCGGAACACGGGUAUCGACAGACAGUCUACCAUGGACCACAAUACUAUUGUUGACAACACCGUCAACGUGCAGGAACCAUCGCAGCAAUUCUCAGGAACCAGCAUGGCAGUAUCCGCGAGUGGGGAGAGAGCGGAAGAUAUAAACAACGCGACGUCAGCGCUGCCGUCGACCUCGAGCAACAAUUCGCAAUCGACUAUUGAUGUUCAAGACGCAUCUACACCGCCAACCUCGAUAUCGGAAGGCUUCUCGUCGCAAAGUACGAAUCAAGAUUUGCCAAUGUCUCAACUAUCACAGCUCUCACAACUGGCUGCCGCGCAACAACCACUGACGAGCGCAUCCGUGUCGCGACCGAAUAAUUCAAUUGCUCCAACUCCGACUGCUGGCCUCAAGAGGACCGCCGAUGGUCAACUGAAGCAAGCGCAUGCUAAUUCGCCGCCCAGCCCUCAUGUUCGUGGGCAUUCGAGAACUACUAGUGGAAUAAGUAACGCAUCUGCUUCGAGUAGCAGAAUUGGAGAGAUUUCAUCUGAAUUAAAAGUGCGUCUCUCUUAUGCUAUGGUCAAAGUCAACAAUGGAUGGCAGUCGAACUCUAUUGACGAGGUCGAGUCCAUGGCAUCUCAAGCAGGAUCUCCGACGUCUUCUACAUCUACGUUACAUGGCCGUCGUAACCUCAUAACUUCCCCACGUGCAGCUAUUGCCAAUAUCCAAGGACAAACUUCCUCUAUAUCUUCAAAUUCAGGAACACCAGCACCUUCGGGAGAUUUCGAUCUAUAUUCAAGAUCCGACCAACCACAUUCGACCUACAUCACGACGAUCCGGGACCCAGAAAUUCAGCAGGCCCCCACUAUACCUGGACAAGGCUCAAAUUCCUCAAUACAUUCUCCCAACCCAAAAACGCCGAAUCGCGGAUCUCACAGAGAAAAUCCAGCAAUUCAAACACCUUUACAGAAAACCAUUCAAGAGCAGGAUGCAAUCGAGACCCUGAUGUUUAUGAGUAGUCCGGGUAACUCUGGGAACAUGAAACAUAACUUCCCACCACCCCCACCAAGAAACAGGGACUCACCACUACAGAGCCCGUUACGCACAGAAUUCAACACACAAGAUAGGAGAAAACCCCAUGGGAGAAAAGUAGGCUUCGAGAUUGAGGCGACGAGUGGAAGUACUGGUAGCAGCGAAGCUGGUGGGGUCGAAUAUCGAAGUCGCACGAGCCGGAUGAAGGCCCCGGACGCGCGGGGUAGAGAGGAAGCGAUCGACCGGCUGCUGGAAGCAUCAGAAGAAUCUAGCAGCGAUGAGGAGACGCUCGUGUUGAAUUAUUCGAGUCCGAGGCGGAAGACUAUUGCUGCUGGGAGAAUGUAG